UCAAAGGCUCGAAAGUCGGCAUCCUAAACACCUUACACUUAGAGUGGCUGCCAAACACUCAGACUUCUUCUCCCAAGCAGCUGCCUUUGGUACCCGGCCUCCAAAAUCUUGGAAAUAAUUGUUUCCUAAAUGUUAUUUUACAGAAUCAAACUUUCGAUUGAUCCCGGUACUUGGGAUCAUCAUCUACAUCCAGAAAGCCGUAUGCUAUGGAAGAAGCUUGUACAGUUUGGGAAGGGGUUCAAUUCUCAGGCCCCGCUGUUAUCCACUACAUUCCAAUGGGUUUGAGGUUGAAUCAUAUCAUUUAUUUUUUUCAGGAAAUGGUUCAGUUCCAGAGCCAAAGACCGUAGUUCUUGAACGAGGACGCACGUUCACUCACACUAUCAGGCUAACUCAUGUCUUAAAAUAUAAGAGACAACAUCAUAUGUGUUGUUGUUCAUGUGUAUAUGCUCUGGCUAGCUGUUCAUACUUUCAACCGUUUCUCCAGAAUGUCUUAGAGGAAUAUGAGUUCUCAGCAUUUCAGGAUCGGGUUGAUGGCUUUCCUCUUACGAUAGCAUUGUCAGCUUUGUUAGAAGAUCUAAGCGUGGUUGGUGGAGGAAGAGUUGUAUUAAGUCCGCGAAAAUUGAUGCUUGCGAUGGAAGCUUACAUUCAGAAUUUCGAUCUUACAAGCCAGCAGGAUGCAGCAGAAGCAUUUCUUCAUCUUCUGUCCUCUUUAAGAGAAGAAUUUUCAGAUUGUUAUCUUCCAAAUCAAUGUUCUUUAGCAGAACUCCUUGCCUCUAAUUGUAGGAUUAUUACUCCAACGAGAAUGGAGAACCAGAGUGAGCAGGCAAGAUGGCAGCAACACUACCUUGGGCCAUUUGAUGGAAUUCUCGGUAGCAUCCUCACGUGUCGAAGUUGCUCAACACAGAUAUCAUUGAACUUCGAAUCUUUUCACAGCUUGCCUCUUUCACCAGUCCUUAAUGGUGGUGCCACAAUUAUGGUUGGAUGCACCUUAGAGAAUUGCCUGGAGCAGUUCACUGCCGCUGAACAAGUUGAGAAUUAUCACUGUAACCAUUGUUGGCACAUUGCGGCAGUCAAGUAUUUAUUUUCUAUGGGAGUAAAUGAGGAAGAGAUUGAAAAGAUUAAGAGAUGCCCUGAGCAAGAUUCCUGUGACUGUCAAAGACAUAUUCAUCUACAUAAGCUACCUUGGUCAAAUAAAUUUUCAUAUACUCUAAAGCAAAUAAGUAUUGCUCGUUGCCCAAAGAUUCUAUGCGUUCAUCUAAAGCGUGUGUCAAUCAAUAUGUUUGGAGAACUAGUAAAACUUCAGGGCCAUAUUUCUUUUCCGUUGGUUUUGGACCUUUUGAGAUUCACGACGAGUGAUGUGGGAGUAAAGAGUUUGGAAGAAAACAUGAAAAGAGGGGAAGUUCAGCGACAAAAUAGAAACUCAAGAACUUUUCCCAAUCAGUUCAAUAUGCAGUAUGAUCAGAUAAAGCUGAAUCAUAUCUAUGGAUUAACGAGAGGAAGUAUCUACCCAGAAGAAUCAGCUUCAGAUGUAUCUCAAUUCACUGCAAAUGCAAAAGAUGUACCAGCAGAAUCCAGAUUUUCCGAAGCAGCAGGGUUUUCGAAAACCAUGCAUGCAGACAUGAACAUGCCCUCAGAAGAUCAGUUGACUGAGAGUUGCAAAGUGGUUCCUUCAAGUACUUGCCUCUACCGUCUUGUUGCCGUUGUGGAGCACUUUGGAAGAGCUGGAAGUGGGCACUACACCGUUUACAGAAGCGUGAGAGCUGAUUUAUGUGAAGAACCUUGUGACGAGUCUGAGGUCGACGCUGCUGCUUGGUGCUGGUAUUCUGUUUCAGAUUCAGAAGUGUGUAGGGUUUCAGAGGAAGAUGUUCUUGCUGCAGAAGCUAGCUUUCUUUUCUUCGAAAAAUACGAAGGCUGAAGAACGAAGGUUAGUUUUGAAAUUGUCACGAAAGGAAUUGUUGAAAAUGUACAAUACCUGUGAGAUUAAGAAUAGAAAACGAAAAAUCAAUAAUGGUAACGAUAAAAAGCAUAUUGACAUUCUC